AUGAAUAAUGGAAACCCAUUCGAUGAUAAGUAUUUUACGCAACAUCAGGGUAAAAAUGCUGAUAUUGAUUCAUUAAGAAAUACUUCAAUAAUUCCUAAAAACUCCACUCCAUUCAAUGUCAAUUAUAAUAACACAAAUAACUUAUCCAGAUCUCCCACUCAUGUCUCGAAUAUUUCAGGAGGGUUACCCAAAUCUGGGGAUUGUAUGCCAUCCAAUAUAUACCCCACAAAUAAUACCAUAACUAAUAGAACAAAUUACAACCAUGAUAGUACUUCAAACAACAUCAAUAAUUCAAAAAUAUUUCAACUUGUCAAUAAUGACUCAAUUCAACUUCCGAAUGGCAUAUCUAGUACGAGUAAUUUGCCAAAUCCGAAUUCUAAGGUAAGUAAUUCACAUCAAAUGCUAUAUCAAAAUUACAAUAAUAGCAACAUGCAUUAUAGAAAUAAUUCUUCAUGUGGUGAAUUUUCUAGUAACCAUAGUAUCGACUGCAAUGGCCCCAUGAAACCUCACUUGAUUAGAAGAAGGAAAACAAUUGAUAACAGUCAUCGCAAUAAUAUUAUUGAACCCGGAUUCCAAACUGGCAUUAAUUAUGAUUCAGGUAUCAUGGAUAAGAAUCACCUGAGUCUGGAAGAUAUAAAAUUUCAAAACGUCGGUGAAGUUCGACCUAAUAUAAUGAAACAAAAGCUACCAAUUAUGUUUCCGUCACUAUCGGGUUCACCUGUGAUGAAUUCUCCAUUCAUUCUCAACGAUAAUCAAUCAAUUGAAAGGAAUAGUAAUUAUGGUAACUUACUGGCAAAUUUCAGCAACCUUCCGAAUCAUUCCCAAUCAUUUGGACAUCAUGGAUUAUCAUCUACUAAAGACAUGAGUAGUGGAUCACAUAUGAUACCCAAUUUAAAACCAUCCAGAGAAGAAGAGAGAAGUAUGAAGAUAAAUGACUAUGUGAGCAAAUUGGAUAUAGUUGAGACUGGAGAAAGAAUGGAAUCAAUGGUGAACAGGCAUAACGACACAGAUUGUAACUCUAAAAUUAGUUCCCAUGGAGAUGGGUUUAGGAAUGAUAAUAUUCAAAGUAAUAGUACUAACAAUGGUAGUUCGCAGAAGUUGAAUAAAAAUACAAUAGGAGACACUUCUGAAGAAAAGAGUGAAUCUGAUUUAAAAGGACUGGAAGAAACCGUUGAAUCCACUCUUUCGAACUUGAUGCAGUCCCAUGAUUAUUCAAUGGUUAUGGAUUGGUUAACCCAUAAUUUUGUUAGAACUUAUAGUUUACACCAAUUACAACAAUCAUCUAGUUCAACUGGAUCAACUGGAUCAAGCGGUGACAUAGAUCAAAAAAAUAUGUUUCAGUACCCAAAUAAAGAGAAAAAGCAGGUAUCAUAUCAGUGUCCUGUUUGUGGCAAAUCUGUUAGCAGGGCCAGCUCACUUCAUUCUCAUAUGUUUAUUCAUACCAAUGCAAGACCAUAUAAAUGUCAAUGGGAAGGUUGUAAUAAAACUUUUAACGUUAAAAGUAAUUUGAAUAGACACACUAAAUUGCAUAUAAAGAAGCAACAAAAAAAAUAG